GUGAAGAAGAUCACAGCUGGAAAUGUGACAUUCUGCCCCCAAAAUGACUCCAGGUUGAUGGGGUACAGACUAAUUAAGAUCAUUUUUGAAUUCUUUCUCAUGCCAUUUCAUUGUCAAAGUUUGCUUUUCCAGUCAUGCCAUGUUUCAGGACAAAUUUGUGCUAACAUGAGUGACAAUAUAUGUCAGAGUCACUAUAAAUAUACUAUAUAAAAGCCCAAACACAUCAUAAAUCCCACUAGAUAAAUGCUGGAAGAUAAUAUACCAUAAAACAGGGCAUGGUCAUUAAAAAUCUGUUAUUUAUUGGUGGAGAUGUUCUACACUUCCCAAGAGGAAUAUUAUAGGGCAUCAUAAUGAUUUUAGAAGGCAUCUUUUUUCUCCUGGAGGUGACUCACUCACGUGCUGUGUGCUGUGUGUGAGAGAAAGAGCAAACCACUUUAGUGUGAAGCCGAGUGAGCUGCAGCGAACAGAAGAGCUGCACAACAGUUGGACUCCCUGCAGGAGGAGGACGCAAACAGGCGCUGGACCGUCCAUCUGACAUCUGACUGACAUUGGAUGGCGCUAAGAGCAAUGGACUGGGAGAAUUCAGUGAAUCAGUCCAGGGUGAGCUCUUCUACUCCGGCUCUUUCUGCAUCUCAAUCCUCGUCCGAGUCUUCCUUCUUCUCCUCUUCCUGCUCCAACUCCUCUCACCCCAUCUUCUCAGCCUCUUCCUUCUCUGGGCUUGACCUGCUUUUCAAUCUAAAAAUCCUCUUCAUUCCUCUCUACUCCGCUGUGGUCCUGAUUGCGUGCUCCGGCAACCUCCUCCUGCUGUUUCUCAUCUGGAACAACAAGAAGAGGCACAACACUACUAAUUUUCUCAUCAGCAACCUGGCGCUGGUCGACCUGUUAAUGUGCAUCUUCUGUGUCCCUCUGACAGCGUCCUAUGCUUUUGACAGGCGCGGAUGGGUAUUUGGAUCCUACAUGUGUCAUUUUGUCACUGUCAUGCAGUCUGCAGCUGUCUACGCAGCUGUCCUGUCCCUCAUGGCCAUCGCAGUGGAUCGCUACGUCGUCGUGGCUUAUCCCAUCCGAAAGAGAGCAGGUUGCCAGUUCUGCUGGGGUCUGGUGCUCCUGAUCUGGCUGGCCUCUCUGGCUUUGUCCACACCUACAGCAUUGCACACUGUGUAUCUGGACCUGAGGGCUACGGGCCUGCAGAUGGCCGUUUGUGAAGAGUUCUGGGACGGCCAGGAGCGAGGUCGCCUUAUCUAUUCCUGUUUCAUCCUCUUCUUCUCCUACUUUGUCCCACUGGCUGCCGUCUCCAUUUCCUACUGUGCUAUAUCCCAUCAACUGAAGAAGAGAACCAAGUCGGGUUUGACGGCGUGUCCUGAGCUGAGAUCUGCUCAAGCCACCUGGAGCAGACGGAGGAAGAAGACCUUCUGCCUGCUGCUGGUGUCUGUUGUCUGUUUUGCCUUCUCCUGGCUUCCCUUACAGGUGGUGAACCUAAUCCGUGACCUGGACACAGACUUCUCCAUCAUAGGGAAGAAUUACAUAAAUGUCAUCCAGGUAUCCAGCCACCUGUUUGCCAUGAGCUCUGCCUGCUACAACCCCUUUAUCUACGCCUCACUGCAUGACAAAUUCCUGUCCUACCUGUGCCACACCAUCCUGUCCCAGAGCAGAGGACAAGGAAAGGACGGCGGUCAAGGGUCAAGCGUCCUCACGCUGUCUCACAGGAUGCCGCGUCUUCAAACCUCCACCGUUGUGGCAGAUUUACCGGGAGCUGUGAUACAGAGGGAUAGUUUUCCUUAAGAAAACUACACCUAAGUUAAUUACUGUGCUGAAAAGGCGCAACAAUUUUAUCCAGCUGUGUUUUCUUUAGCUCAGUUGGGUGAAAAUCGCUGUAUGUAAAGGCUGAAAUCAGAUAUGAUACAGGGUGUCAUCCUCACUUCAGAUUUAAUACAAAUCUUGUCAGCCUUCAUACUGACAGACAAAUGGAGCAGAAAGAGAAUUCCUUUCAAGCGUAGUGAAUCUGCAAAACACCAAACCUCUCAAGAUGAGGGCUUCAUACAAUAGCCAAUCUUGUCACAGCCACAAACAAUGGCAGUGUAAAUACAGCUCCCGGCUUUAUUUGAAAUGACUCGAGUGUAUAUUUUUUAAACAAAUGUGGAUGUUUCUUUGCUAAAAGUCUAUUUACACUAAAAUAUAUGCGUCUGUUAACUUAAAAAUCACCUUUACUGUUUUCAUGUUAUCGUUGUACAGAAUGGUAUUCUUGUUCACAUGACCUUUAUGGCAUGCUUAUGUUAUGUAUUUGGUGGUUUUUAUGGAUCUAAAUGGUUAUUUCCCACUUCUGUUCCCUUUAACAGAUAUUAGGUGUAAUUGGUUGAUGGCAUGUGUCUAUAAACAGGUUUAUUUAAAACAUCUUUGAACCUGCAUUCACUUCAUGUUGGUUCAAGGAUAAAAUAGAAACGUGGAGAGUUUCUGUAAUCGUGACUGAAUAAUGUACUUCUGUCAUUCAGUUUGGCCUUCUCUCAUCACUGGAUGUUUUUCACAGCUGAACAACAUGUGUGUGCUUAAAUGUCAGCUUUGAAAUCAUGAAGGGAAAAAACGCUUCAUCUGUGCUGAUCACUGUAAUAUGUAAAAUAGCUAAGACUGAAUAAACCAGAGAGAAGCAAAGUG